AUGGGCACCAGCUCCAGGAAUAAUAAAGGCACUAGUUUCAGGAGUGACAAAGGCACCAGUUUCAGGAGUGACAAAGGCACCAGUUUCAGGAGUGACAAAGGGACUGGUUGUGCCAAAAUCCCUCGAGAGCCCCCUGAGAUACCGAAGAAAGCUCCACAGUCCUCCCAAAGCCCCCCUGAGAUACCGAAGAAAGCUUCACAGUCCUCCCAAAGCCCCCCUGAGAUACUGAAGAAAGCUCCACAGUCCUCCCAAAGCCCCCCUGAGAUACUGAAGAAAGCUCCACAGUCCUCCCAAAGCCCCCCUGAGAUACCGAAGAAAGCUUCACAAGAUACCGAAGAAAGCUCAACAGUCCUCCAAAGCCCCCCUGAGAUACUGAAGAAAGCUCCACAGUCCUCCCAAAGCCCCCCUGAGAUACCGAAGAAAGCUUCACAGUCCUCCCAAAGCCCCCCUGAGAUACUGAAGAAAGCUCCACAGUCCUCCCAAAGCCCCCCUGAGAUACCGAAGAAAGCUCAACAGUCCUCCCAAAGCCCCCCUGAGAUACCGAAGAAAGCUCAACAGUCCUCCCAAAGCCCCCCUGAGAUACUGAAGAAAGCUCCACAGUCCUCCCAAAGCCCCCCUGAGAUACCGAAGAAAGCUCAACAGUCCUCCCAAAGCCCCCCUGAGAUACUGAAGAAAGCUCCACAGUCCUCCCAAAGCCCCCCUGAGAUACCGAAGAAAGCUCAACAGUCCUCCCAAAGCCCCCCUGAGAUACCGAAGAAAGCUCAACAGUCCUCCCAAAGCCCCCCUGAGAUACCGAAGAAAGCUCCACAGUCCUCAAGAAGUUCUGAGACACCGAAAGAGGACCCCAUAAGCUCUCCUGAGAUCCCAGAGAAGAUCACAAGCUCUCCUUCAGCCCCUCCUACAGAAUCUAAGGUCUCCGAGUCACCUCCAAGUUCUGAAGGGCCAAACACGAGCCCUUUAAGCUCUCCUGAGUCGCCGAGGGAUAAUCAGAAGUCCCCAGCAGGAGAGUCUGAAGCACUUUUCAAGAGGUUCCGUGGCAAUAAGAGCUUCAAGAGUUCCCUGCAGGUCUUCCUCCAACAGAAGCAUAACACGGAGUUACAGAAGACUAUAGAAUACAAGGACAAAUUAGAGAGGGGGGAAGGAACCGACGAAGAUGAUGAUAUAGAAGACGAAAGCAAGAAAAUAAGACGAGGUAGUGAGGAUAACGGGGUGGAUAAGGCGAGGAAAGAAAGAAAGAACGAGGGAAUAAAAGAUGACGGCAGUAUGAAAAAAGUGGAUAAAAACGAGGAGGAAUAUGAAAAAGGUGUCGAGCCAACAAACUCUAAAAUAAAAGUAAGUGACGCAAAGCAAACAAAGGAAACAAAAGAAAAGAUGAAGGAAAAUAGUGAAAUAGAAAAAGAAAGGGAGAAGGAAAAAGAGGAAAGUAAGAAGACAGCAAAAAAGGAAAAGGAAAAGAGCGCGGAAAUAACAACACAGAAGACGCAGGAAGAAGUAAAAACAAAGGAGAAGGAGAAGAAAGGAUUCACAAAAGAGGAGAGAAAGGAAAAGUCGACGAAGGAAGAGACGGCACAGGAAGAAAAGAAGACGAAAAAAAGAAACCAGGAAAUGAGUACGAGGAAGAAGGAAGGAAUAAAUGAUGAAAGACCACAAGGACAUCUCUAUUUGAAAAAGAAGGUGAGCAAAAGAUAUUUUUAUUAUUAUUAUUAUUAUUAUUAUUAUUAUUAUUAUUAUUAUUAUUAUUAUUAUUAUCAGAGAGAGAGAGAGAGAGAGAGAGAGAGAGAGAGAGAGAGAGAGAGAGAGAGAGACCUGACCUAAUCCAUCGAUAGAGUCAGGUAACUAAAGAAGGAAAGUAAUGAUCUGGUGUGGUGUUAAUGUGAUGAUGAUGUGAUGUAGUGUAGUGUGGUGGUGGUGGUGUGGCGACAUGAUGAUAAUGGUGGUAGUGGUGGUGGUGACAACAUAAUUGUCACCACCAUAACAUAACCAUACCAUAACAGCUACCAACAUCAUAGUGUUGGUAGCUGUGGUAGCGUGGUAGUGACGGCAUAGUGGUGCCGAUGGCGAUAGUGUGGUGGUGGCAGCAUAGUGAUGGUAGUGGUGGUGGUGCGGUGGUGAAGGCAUAGGGGUGGUAGUAGUGGUGGUGUGAUGGUGACGGAAUAGUGGUAGUGAUGUGGUGGUGGUGGUGAGGACGUGCGUCACCGGAAGGGCAGCGACGAGAGAGAGAGAGAGAGAGAGAGAGAGAGAGAGAGAGAGAGAGAGAGAGAGAGAGAGAGAGAGAGAGCUGACGUUACAGUGUACACGCAAGCAAUAUCAACUUUUCCCUCACCUCACUCGUAUUUUGCAGCGACAACUCACCACCUGGAGGCUCACCUUCUGCUGCUGUCUUCGUGUGUCACGUGUUGCUUUAUCUCUGCUUGAGUGUCUAAACUUUUGUCUGCGUUUUCAUUCAUAUAUCUAUCUAUCCUCCCCUCUCGAUUCACAAUCAACUUUCUACUCUUCGACAUUCCUAACUUGAUUUUGUUCUUAGUCUUUCUUCUUUUUUUCUUUUCUUUUCUCUUUAGUUAUGUCCCU